AGUGGUUUGGACUUAUCAUUUGAAUUGUGAUUUCAGGUUCAAGAAUGCAUCUACAUGAGUGAUGAUGCUCCUCCAUUUGAGCUUAACCAUUUGUUGUUGUUGGCUAACAAUUGUGUGUUUUGUAUGCCUUAAUGGGGGAUUCCCUUGUGUUCAUGGAUCGCUCAUUGUUGUCUGAUUGGAUUUGUCUGUUUGUGUGAUAUUGACUGUUGAUUGUUUGUUUGAAUUGUGUACUGACUGGUUAGCUAUUUACACAGGUACCCUUAGUUGCUCAGUUCUCUUAAGAACUUGCAUUGCUUUGCUUAUAAGCAAUUGGCAUUGAGGUGUCAACCGGUGCGCAUAGCUUGUUUGCUCAGAUAUCCUGCUAGGGGCAACAAAUCCGAACGGAUGGAUCUUCCCAACGCCGACAUCCUUGAGCUGAAAGAGAUGAUGAAGGGAUUGUUCAGUGUUGUGCAAGGGCUCGCCUUGGGACAGAAAGCCAUGUCUGAGAGAUUGGAAAAGAUUGAGAAGUGGCUGAUGGUGGAAAAAGCCGUGUCAACCGAAGUGAACAAACCUUCUGGCACCGUAGUAAAGAAACUCUCUGACAGUGGUCCUUUCAAGAAGGAGGUUGAGCCAGUUGGUGUGCCAGCAAAGAAAGAACGCAGUAAGGACCGUUAUCACCCUUAUGCUGCUGCUGUAACCACUCCUGUUGGUAAUCCGCUUGUACCACCGCAACAACUACCACCUCAACAGAAGGCACCAAGAGUUAGGGGCCAGGUGAAGAAGAAGAAGGAGGAGCGGCAGUUUGAGGAACCACCUGUGACCUACACCCUUUUGUUCCAGAGGUUGAUGGAUCUUGGUUUAAUCCGGCCAAGGAUAUUGAUUCCCAUAGAACGGCAGAACAGGCCUCCAAACUAUGAUGAGAAUGCUAGUUGUGUGUUUCAUUCUGAGAUGCCCGGACAUAGCAUUGAGGGCUGUAGAGCUUUUAAGCAUGCCGUCCAGGACAUGGUGGACUCCAAGACCAUUAACUUGGCCCGGAUCAUGAAGGGGGAUGUCAACCCCGUACCCAGGCAGGGUCCUAUAAAAGUGAAGAUGGUGAAGAAAGCCAGAAAGGGGAUGGAGGUGACUGAGAAGGAUCAGCUAAAAGUUCCAAUGGAUGUGGUCCCAAAACUUCUGAUGCAGGAUAGAGCCGUCCCUGCUGUUGAUAAUACUUGUGCAACCGUCGCCACAGAGGGAUGUAUGCUGACAGGGGAUACCACCCAGAGGAUCAAGGAAGAGGAAAUAGACAAGGAAAAAGUUGAAGCACCCAGUCAAGCAAUCGAAACCGUCAAGGUGGAGAGCGCCCUUGUUGUUGAGAAAGAGAAGAAGCUGUCCAUUUCUUCUUAUAAACAAGCUCUGGAAGUGGUGAAAAACCAAGAGGCCCAAGGCUGGGGGAGAAUCAUCGACAUAGUGGUGAAGGCAGACAUGUUUGGGAUCGGCUAUCCAGAUCAAGAGUCGUCUAGACCAAACAGAGGACGCCGUCCACCGUACAUCUUCGUCAGUGCAGGAAUGCUGAAUUCUGAUCAUGCUUGUUCAGUGAGUGAAGAGAUCGACCGCGACCGUGAGCUAGAGCUGUGGAUAAAGUCGUGCGUACCAGGCGAUUGGAAGGCCUCCAAAAGCAUCCCUGUCACUCAUCCGGAGGAGUAGUUUUUCUGUGUUUUAGAUUUGUUUGCAUGAAAGCCAUACGUUUUGCCCGAAACGUACUGGUCCAUUGUAAGGGCCACCUCAUGUGUUUCAUUGUGCAACAUUUUACAUCAGUAAUAAAUGGAUGUCUUUGUGAUCAAAAGCGGUGUUCCCUGUUUUUCAUUUUUUUGCAGUUUAAAAAAUAAAAUAAAAGUGGCAAUGUUUUUAUUUUCUUUCCUUUUGACUCAUUUGGUUCCGACCUCAAAAGUGAUUACCCUCCUGAUCUCAUCGAUAACAAUUUGGUUACACCUCUAUAUGACUUCGACAAUCCAAGCUAUCAUGCCGAAGAAGAAGGCGAAGAAGAUUGUGAUCUGCUGGAAUUAGCUAGGUUGUUGAAACAAGAGGAGAAGGUGAUUCAACCACACGAGGAGCGAUACAAGAAUUGUUAUUCCAAGCACCGCCGAGGUCAGAAAGUGAAAGUUGAGGCCGCUUCAGAGGCAAGUCAAGAACAGAAUGGUAGCCCUGUUGAAAGAGCAGGUUGAUACCUUCACCUGAUUGCAUCAAGAUACACCAAGGUGAGAUACCAAUGUUGUGGGGCACGAGCUACCAUCGAGAGAAGACUAUCCUCUAGUGAAGAAGAAGGUCGGUGCCACGGAUCAAAGGGCUACGGUGACUUUGUUCCAGGAUAUGACUCACCGUGAAAGCGAAUGCCAUGUUGAUGACAUGAUGACAAAGUCCCAAGCAGAAGAGGGGCAUCCGGUGGAUCUGGGGCAAAUUGUUUGACCAGAUCGAAACUACUCAGACUGAGGUUGAGUCUAAAUCAGUGCACUUAUGGAGUGCUGUCCGGUGAGCUGCCGAGGCUUGUUGGGGGCAAAUCAGAGGAAUCGAGGACGAUCCUGUGAACAAAAAAAAAGAAGGAAAAAAAACAAGAAAAAAGAACAGUGCAAUAGACGCCUGAACCAAAAACAAAUAAAAGAGAAAGAAAUCAAUGGUCAGGUGGAAUGAUGACUGCCAAGGGGCAUGGAAAAAUGAAAAAAGAAUAAGUUGCAGGAACCUCCGAUUCUAAUGCCUCCCGUGGAAGGAAUAAAUGUUGAUUUGGUACUUGACAGCCCUCAA